UUAAACGCUGACGUUUUGAGCUUUAGAGAAAUAAGCUUAGACCAGUUCCCCCACGAAGCUCCUCGUCGUCGUCCUGAGCUUGUAACCACCGAUGGAGAUCGAUGAUUCAGGUGAUGUUCUCGAUCUCACUAGCUGCCAGCUCCACAGUCUCGAUUCAAUCGAGUUACCUCCGACGCUAAUUGAGCUGGACCUUACGGCGAACCGUUUGUCGGAACUGGACUCGAGGAUCGCUCACCUCUCUAUGCUCAAGAAGCUUUCUCUUCGCCAAAACCUAAUCGAAGACUCCGCCGUCGAGCCUCUCUCUCGCUGGGACGCCUUGUCCGAUCUCGAGGAGCUGAUUCUGAGAGAUAACAAGCUAGCGAAAGUACCAGACGUCAGCAUAUUCUCCAAGCUUUUGGUUUUUGAUGCAUCGUUCAAUGAAAUCACUUCGUUGGAGGGAUUAUCAAAGGCCUCUAGCACACUCAAGGAGCUCUAUGUGUCUAAGAAUGAAGUUAAUAAGAUUAUGGAGAUUGAACACUUGCACGACUUGCAGAUUCUUGAGCUGGGGUCUAAUAGAUUGCGGGUAAUGGAGAAUAUGGAGAACUUGACAAAGUUAGAGGAACUGUGGCUUGGAAGAAACCGUAUCAAAGUUGUGAACUUGUGUGGGCUCAAGUGUAUUAAAAAGAUUAGCUUGCAGAGCAAUCGAUUGACCUCUAUGAAAGGAUUUGAGGAAUGUGUUGCUCUUGAAGAGUUAUAUUUGAGCCAUAAUGGUAUCUCAAAAAUGGAAGGCUUGAGUGCAUUGGUUAACCUACGGGUGUUGGACGUGUCGAACAACAAGCUCACAUCAGUUGAUGACAUUCAGAGCCUCACAAAGCUGGAAGACUUAUGGCUUAAUGACAACCAGAUAGAAUCACUUGAAGCAAUCACAGAAGCUGUUACAGGCUCUAAAGAGAAGCUUACCACUAUCUACCUCGAAAAUAACCCUUGUAGAGCCCUGCUUCCUCAUGGUUUAGAGUUUAGAGCAUGUGUAUCGACUCCAAGAGAUCAGGUGAAACGCAGUCAUCUUCUGUUUGUCAUAAAGAAGUGCAAACGAGCAAAUCGUACCGUACCGUUCACUGGAGCGAUAUUUUAUCAAUCAAAAAAACGUAUCUAGUGUUAGCUUGCAAGCAAAAUCAAUACUUGUUUUUGGUCUGUAAGCAAUAGUAUUUGGACUCUGUCUGUAACAGGUAAUCCCGAGUAGUCUGAGGUUGUCUUUGUUUCGACCAACAGUAACUUGAUUACUUUGACUUUCCCCUGGCAUUCGUAUCUUUCUUUUUUUUUGUU